UCUCUCUCUAAAAAAAAUUCUAAUUUUUUCUCUCUUUUUCUUUCUCACUCUCAAAACAAAACCCCAAAUCCAAACAAAACGCUCCUCUUCUUCAAAACCAUCAACAAAACCCGUGAAAACAAAAACACACUCUUUAUUCGCAACAACAAAACGCCACCGUUUUACUCACCAGCAAAAUCCAUAAAUUACUUACCCUAAUUUUAUAGAACCUUCUAGAAACUUACUUUCUUCAUCAUCAUGGAUUCUUCAUCUGGUGGUGGUGGUGGUGGUGGUUCAGGAGCACCUUCAGAACCACCAUCAACAACAACAACAAAUUCACCUACAGUUACUGUAACAACCGUACAACCGGAGGGAUCUUCACCACCACCACCAGCUCCACCAAGCCGUUACGAAUCACAAAAACGUCGUGAUUGGAACACUUUCUUACAGUAUCUACAAAAUCACAAACCGCCAUUGACGCUUGCACGGUGCAGUGGUGCACACGUGAUCGAGUUUUUGAAAUAUCUCGAUCAAUUCGGGAAGACGAAAGUUCAUGUAUCCGGAUGUCCGUACUUCGGACAUCCGAAUCCUCCUGCUCCCUGUGCCUGCCCGUUAAAACAGGCGUGGGGAAGCCUUGAUGCGUUGAUCGGACGACUCAGAGCGGCUUAUGAAGAGAACGGAGGCCGUCCUGAGUCUAAUCCGUUCGGCGCAAAGGCAGUGAGGAUUUAUUUGAGGGAAGUGAGAGAAGGACAGGCUAAAGCUAGAGGGAUUCCUUAUGAGAAGAAGAAGAGAAAGAGGUCUACAGUGACAGUUUCAGCUGUGAGUAGUAGUGGUGGUGGUAAUGAUGAUAGCGGCGGUGGUAACGGUGGUGCAGGUGACAACACUGUUGUUGGUGGUGGUACAACUGCAACUGAUACUGCUAAUGUUAGUACAGCCACCACUGCAGUAUAGUAAUAUCUUAAUUAUAUUUAUUAAUUUCUCCCCAUUUCUUUGUUUAAAAUUUUAUGUCUUUAAUUAGUUUUAAUUUUAAGGAAAUUAAUUGUGAUUAAAGCUUAUUAUUAUUAUUAUUAUUAAGUUACAUAUUAAUUAUUAUUAAUAAUAUUAUUAUGCCUAUUUUUCAUCAACAAAAAAUGUAGGUGUAUAUAUAAAUUUAUUAUUAUUGUUUGAUUAAUGUAUGCUUCAACUCAAUUUUCAUGAUUAUUCCAUGAAUUAGAAAUAUUCUGAGCAAGCUGGCAUUUAUUAA